AAACUACAAAAGAAACUCGUACGAAAAUUAGACUUUCGUAUCUUACCCAUCAUUGUGUUACUAUACGUACUCAAUUAUUUGGACCGCAACAGUAUCUCGGCUGCUCGUGAUAAUGGAUUGGAAGCAGAUUUGAAAUUGGACGCUGCAAAGUCACAAUAUGACACCUGUUUAUCAAUCUUGUACGUCGGGUACAUUUUACUUCAAAUUCCUUCCAACCUUUUACUUUCUUACUGCGGUCGGCCUCGUGUCUACCUUCCCGUUUGUGUGGCAGCAUGGGGAAUCGUAUCUGCUCUAACUGCUGUCACACACAAUUUCACCGGGCUUUUAUUGGUCAGAUUCUUCCUUGGUGUUGUGGAAGCUGCAUUCUUCCCUGGCGCAAUGUUCAUUUUGUCAAAAUGGUACACUCGAGCAGAACUUUCAUCAAGAAUUGCACUUUUGUACGCCGGUUCGAUUUUAUCCAACGCUGUUUCUGGAUUGAUCAGCGCUGGUAUCCUCGGAAAUAUGGAAGGCAAAGCUGGCAUUCGUGCAUGGAGAUGGUUGUUUAUUAUUGAAGGUUCGAUCACAGUCUUUGUCGCUAUUUGCGCCGUCUUUAUUCUUCCCGAUUUCCCACACAAUUCCAAGAUGCUAACGGAAGAAGAAAGAACAUUGGCAGUACAAAGAAUGACUGAUGAUUCUGGAGGUGUGAGUGAUGUCGAAGGUGCAAACGGUGAAAAGCCAAUCGAUGGUCUCAAAGAUGCACUUUGUGAUCCGAUCAUUUGGCUUUUCACGCUGUGUCUCUUGGCGUGCGUCAUCGCAAUGGCGUUCAAUCAAUUUUUCCCCACAAUCGUUGGUACGCUUGGAUACGGCAAGAUUACAACAUUGAUCAUCACUUUUGGUCCAUGGGGUUGGGCAUUCUUGGCCGUUUUGUUCAACAGUUUACAUGCAAACAAGUCGGGCGAACGUACAUUCCAUCUUUGCAUUCCUCUUUGCAUUGGUGUUGUGGGUUUCAUUAUUUCUUCUGCAACUACAAACCUUGGAGCAAGAUUUUUUGCUUUGUUUUUGGAAGCUCAAAGUUAUGCAGGUUAUGUGAUCAUUUUGGCAUGGAUGUCAAAUUCUAUUCGUGGUUCGUACAAACGUGCUGCCGGUUUGGCUUUUAUCAACUGUUUGUCUCAAUUGGGUAACAUUGCAGGAUCGUACGUUUGGCCUAAGAAAUGGAGUCCAUCAUAUUGGCAAUCGAAUGUGAUUUCGAUUGCAUGCAUUGUUGUCACGAUUGCAACUGCAAUUGCUAUUCGAAUCGUGCUUCAACGAAGGAACAAAGAAUUAGACCGUAAA